AUGGGAAACCCGAAUGAAUCCUAUAUCCUAGUGCCCGGCUUUGACUACCACCCCCAUUAUGCGAUCAACCCGGGAGAUAUCGUCGCCGACUGGCGAGAACCCACUAAGACCCUCAGCAGCCCCACGGAGCCUGCCAUACUCGUAUUACACACAGACGUCGAAGGCAUGUUGAAGAGUGAUGACGAGUUGACCACACUUCACGGGCAACUUUGGACGAGAUUCCUGCGCUUCGCUGAUACCGCUGGCGGUGGUGAAGGCACUGUGCUUGACCCUGCGAAUCACUUCUACGAGCGGCUGGACACCAUUCAUCUACACGAUUAUCCUACCAAUGAGGAGGCCACUGAGCGCAGCUUACAUCCGCCUUCUCUCGAGAGCCGGGAGACGAAGGCGACAAUAACAGCACGGCUUCUUGGCACGGAAGCAGGCCCGGGCCCUGAGGCUGAGGCAAUCAUUGUUGGACAUGAGCCCGGGGUGGAGGAGUGGCAACCGCCUGCCGACAUCGUUUACGCCUAUGAGGUUAGCACGGUCCACUUCGAGGAGUGUCUAUCGGGGCCCUGCCAGAUUCAACCCCACGUUCCUAGGGCCGGGGCCGCUUUGCUGCAUGAUAAGAAAGGGGAACAGAGAACCGAGACAGCGGACGACUGCGCGGCGUACCUGAAAACUUUGCGAGAGAGGGCAGCAGAUGUGUUCUUGGCCGAGCAGGAGGGUUUGCGGGACAUGACCGGGGAAAUGGAUGUAGAGGUUGUAGAGUUGACGGAUGGAAUAGAGAAGUGCGAUGUGGUCAUGUUCAACACCGUGUCUAGGUAG